AUGUUCUGUCAAAAUUUGCAAUAUCUGGAUAUAUCUCAAAACAACUUCACUGGAAUUAUAUCACCCCAUUUUUUGCAGACGCACUCAUCACUGACGUACUUGAAAUUUGGUGAAAAUUCGUUUAGUGGUUCUCUGCCUCCUGAAGUUGGAAAGCUUAUACAUUUGGCGGAUUUCAAUGUUUCCCACAACCAACUUGCUGGAGGUAUACCCAUAUCACUUGCUGACUCUUCAGAUCUGGAGAAUCUUUAUAUGCAAUCCAAUUUUUUCCAAGGAACAAUUCCACCAAAUUUGGCUUCUUUGAAAAGCAUCCAGCAAUUAGACCUUUCAAGGAAUAACUUGACCGGUUCAAUACCCAAAGAACUUGAGAAGCUUCAAUUUUUGAGGUACUUAGACCUUUCCUAUAACGACAUCGAGGGUGAGGUACCGAACACUGGAGUUUUCAGCAAUGCGAGUCAAAUAUCACUGAUUGGCAACAACAAACUCUGUGGAGGCAUUCCAGAAUUGGAGUUCCCACCUUGUCCACUGAUUAAGGGGAAAAACAGAGGAAAGCUUAAGGUUAUCAUAUUGCUGUCCAUUGUUUUACCUGCAACGCUUCUGGUUCUCGUUUUUCUUUUACUACCCAAUAAUAACAUGUCUAGAAACAAAAUCUCAGAGUAUGGAAUGGGCCUUGUGGCAUCAACUCAAGGGGAUGUCUACAGCUACGGUAUUCUUUUACUAGAGAUGAUUACAGGAAGGAGGCCAACAGAUGAUAUAUUCGUGGGUGACCUUGAUCUACAUAACUAUGUUAAUGGGGCUUUGCAUGAACGAGUUCCUGAGAUCCUGGAUCCUUUGCUUCUUCUUGAAGGAGAUGAAAACAGAAAUAUGACUCCUGGAGGGGAAACUAUUAAUGGUGGAAGAGAGAUUGAUUGCAUUAUUUCCCUGCUGAAAUUUGGACUUAAGUGCUCUGCAAGAUUACCAAAUGACAGGAUGCAUAUGAAUGAAGCUGUCAGAAAAUUACAUCUCAUUAAGGAUGUUUUCCUUGGUGUCAGGGUGCAUCAAGAAAAUUUUGAAGCUUGA